CGCCAACCCUUACACUGACUGGACGUGGCCUUAGUUGCUCCUGCGAGACGGCGCGGGACGUCUUUCACACGGGAGCCAGGAAGAUCCUCACGCUGCGGGAGGCAACGUAGGAAGAGCCUUUGUUUGAGCAUCCUUCCUAAUCCUUCUUUUCGAAAAUGACCAAAAAAUCAAAUCAGGCGGCAGUGAGGGAGGGGGGGCGGGCCUCUCUGGACGACAAAACCAACCCGGACAGAAAUCAGAACGACUCCAAAGGAGGGUCGUCCGCCGGGAAGUACCAGCUGCGCCCGCGCUCCCUGCACGCUCGCCGCCGCUGCGACGCCGACUGGAACAUCCAGGACAAGCGGAAGCCGAAGUCACGGCCGGCGCCUCUCUCGAAGUACCGCAGAAAGACCGCUAACACGCGGGAGCGGCACCGCAUGCGGCAGAUCAACUGCGCCUUCGAGAAAUUACGCGAAAUGCUUCCGCGGUGCAGUGCCAGCCGCCGCGGAGCCGCCUCCGACAUGACCAAGUUCACGACGCUGAGACUCGCCUCCGCCUACAUCAAGGCGCUGCAGGAGAUCCUGGACGCCAACACGCGGCAGGACGCCCCGGACGAGGUGUUCCUCGACACCCACUCCGCCGUCGCCAACUCGGGCCGCCAGGACAACUGCUCGUGGCUCCUCCCGCCCGGCCUGGAGGACGACGCACCCUUCCUCCAGGAGCCGCAGCUGGAGCUCUACCCCGACAGACCCGUGAGGCUGCCGCAGCACCGCCAGGACGACGACGGCGCCGUCACGGACUCUGAACUCGCAUCCCUCCUCUGCGACUCCUCGGACUCGGGCGUCUUCGAGGACAACCUCGAGUCGUUCUCGUACCUCUCGCCGAUGUACGGGCCGGACGAGGUGGCGCUGCUGUUGCUGGAGGCCGAGACGUCGUCCUCGUGGUCCGACACCUACACGAAGUUCGCCAUCUCUUAACACGCGUGUUUGGAAGCGCAGUGGAGUCGCUCGCACGCCCCUGUGACUGAGGCUGACGUUCUCCGACGCUGAGUUCGAGGCUUUUCCUUGGAUGGCACUUCUGCUGCAGAGGCUGAAGAAGCGGCAUAGUGAGAAAUUCUGAUAAAGAUUCCACGAAGUGAAUGAUAAUAGAAAUAAUCAGAUUUAGGUUAAUGUGGUGCCAGUGUGUGUGUGUGUGUAAAAUUUUUGUCCCAGAAAAAAUAUAUAUAUAUAUAAAGCAAAAUUAUUUAUAAAAAUUAUCAGGAUUUCCUGAUAUCUCACUUCUUCGGAUUCGAGUAAAAAAAGCAUCUACAGUAGACAGCUAUGAUACUUCGUUACGUACUAAUUACCAGCAUUAGAUUUGAAUCUGAGAUACAAGGAUCAGAAAUGAAUAUUAGCGUGGAAGAACUAUAACGAAAUACAGAGAUUUAAAGUGAAAGAAUAUGGAAAAAAAAAUGUGUAGUCUUAAAUUUGUGCAACAAUGUACAGCGUUAGGAAAGGCUAUGAAUGCGUUUUAAAUCUAAUAUCUAAGUUUUAAGUGUCCGAACAGUAAUCUUAUCACCUACAGAAACGAGGUAACCUGAACCUCUCCAACUUUCCUCAAGGAAUUUUUACUACCUUCAUCAUCAUUUGGGAAGAUUUACGAAGUGUCUUCAAUCCCCAGCGUUCAAAAUAUGAACAGUGAGCGUCUCACUCUUUUACUGAAGCGGGGAAACCAUUAUCAAGUAGUGAUGGGGAAAAUGCAAUAUAGUUUAUUAGUGAUUGUAAGGAUAGUAAAAUUUUAAUUUUAUUCCAUUUUUUUCUUAUAGUGAGGAAGAUGCACUUGAUAUACUUGUGAUGACUGACAAAAGCACGAUACUAUGCUAAUUACAAUCCUUUGAUUAUUGACUCGUGGAAGAUGAUAAUUAUUUGAA